UAAUUGUUCACAGCAGCCAUCGCGACAAGCUGACACUGCGCCUGAAGUCAUCGUCGGCAGUGGCAGCUGUUCAGCACUCACUGCUAACCGAAUAACUAUGGAGACAGCUCCGUUAACCUUGGCUCACACGCAUGCGCGGAACGCAUUAAUCGAGACUCGCAAAUCGAAUCCUGUAGCAGCCAGCGAAGAACAUGAUCUAGCCGCAGGCGAGUUUGCGACAGCGGCUCAGAGCAAUGCAGAUCCGGAGGCACUGCGCACGCUUCACCUGCUCGAACAACACCAUAAGAAGCUGGCUGAGAUCCUCCGAUUUCAACAUGAGCAUCCUAGUGCGGCGGUUGGAGAUUCCGUCAGCGUCGCAUCUCAUCCUGCAGGCAAUCUGCCAGUAACUGGUGAGGCGGGGUCAGCGAAGAUAACGGCCGACGCUCAUCAGCAUCCCCCGCGGCUACCAGGACACAACCUUCCUCUGCCAAGGGAGACCUCGUCUAUUGCGAGUAAUUUAGCAUCUGCGCGCGGAAUACCAGCUAACCCUCCUCGUCGUUCGUCGCCGGUGUCACCUACAUUAUCCGCCCACCAUGCUGGUGCUCGAAUGACUGAAUCGCCAAAGGGAAGGACGGGCGAUGCACGACUGCGAGAUGCUCAAUCGCAGGCAGCACGGGAACGCAGUGGUAGAGUACCUGCGCCUAAGCAGCCCUGGGCGCCCCCUUCGAUUAGCCCUACAGAUAUCACGUCGCAUCAGGUUGUCCCUGCAGACGCCGCGGAGACGGGACAGCCAAAAAGCAGGCUUCUCUCAACCGAGGAGCCAUUUCAGCGCUUCUACUCCACUUUUGAAGGGCUUAUAUCCAAGCUCUCUGCGCCGUUGGCUUUUGCAGGUCUUCCUCUGGGCAGUGAUACCUCCGGACAUACAGACUCAGCUCGUCAGAAGUCACUUGCCGAGACCAAAGUUGACCGCGCCAAUGCGACUCGUGAUCGCCCCGUUUCUGAACCAGACGUGAACAGGCUUUUCUCACGCGCCGCCCUGCGAGCUAUCCGCGACACUAAUGGAGGAACACCUGGAAGCGCAGCGGAAUCGUUUUACGUCGUUCCCACCACAGGUGGCACCGUCUCUUACGCCGGGAUACUCUCCAGGGCCGAGAAGGAAGCACGACGAAACAGCAUGGACGAGGAAGAAGACUUCGUUGAUGCUCGUGAGACUCCGUCUUCUCCUGAGAUGGUCCAAAAUCUGGGCGGCAGCAGGAAUAAGGGAAAAGCCUCACGCAGUACGGAUGCAUCUGGCUUCAGAAAUACUAAGACCCUGGAGGAGCUGCGUAUGGAGAAUGAGGCUCUGAAGCAGCUCUCAGAUACUCUGUCCAAGCGUUUACAUAUGUGGGAGGUAAACGCUCAGACGUCAUCCCUGGCACUCCAACAAUCUCUGAAAGCGAUGCAUCAACACAAUCCAGCUGGGCAACCGAUUAGCCUUCCGUCUCCUGUACCUUCUACUGUGCCACACCAGCAGCGCCCAGCAGGAGACGAGAGUGACCAGCGGCUGAAAGAACUCGAGGAGAAGGUCCGACGUGCCGAGAAAGAUCUCGAGAAAGUCGGCCGCGAAAAUGAAAAGCUGAAGAGCGUGUUGGGCCGGUACCGGGAACGAUGGGAGAAGCUCAAAGAAGGGGCUAAAACCAGACGCAACGCAGAAGCUUCUGGUGCAACUAGCAGCACGGGUGCUAAGAGGAACGGAGAUGGUGAUAGUACAGUUGGUGAUUCUGUGCCACCUACUCCAAGGACUGAAAGUGCUCCCCCAGCGGGAGAUGAAUAGUUCUCGAUGACGGCACGAUUAUUCUUUUUUUAUUCCCCUUAAACACGAGGCUUCAUUCCUAUGUCUUUAUCAGCAGUAUGUAUGAAUAUCUACGAAGGACGAAUUAUGAUUUAGGCUUCAAUUCAAGUAUUACAAUAAUUUACGGAUGCUGCAUG